GUUUAUAUAAAAUAUAUUUUUAGAAGUGAGUCUUAGAAACACAUUUAUAGAAAAACAUUUUCUUCAGAGGGUAAUGUUUUACUACCAUACUUACCAUACAAAAACAUAUAACAGGUCAGUAGCAUUAUUAACAACCCUCGCAGCCCUAGUGCAAGAACUGAAAUUGCAAAAUCAUUAAAAAUACAUGAAUGCAAAUGAGUUGUGUAAAAUUCGAUGAUCACCUAUCCCACCAUCAGAAUAUUUGUCAUCACCCGUAAGUGGUUUGGCAGCGAAAUAAAAUCCAGACAGAGAUCCACAUUAUAACAAUUAGGUAAUAAAAAAGACGGAACAUCAUCCCAAACAUGAUGAAAUUAAGCAUACACUUUGCAAUCAAUAUUUUUACCAGUCUCCUGUAUAAAGUUGCUACGAUGUCGACCAUAUACAGUAGUUCUGGUAUGUAUGUCCCCAAGCUUAUUGCACUGCAAUCAUUAUGAUAUUAAUUUCAUCGUUCCAUUUCUGAAUGCCUUUGGAAUUUCUGCUCAGAUUUUGCGUGCCUCGUUUUUUCAAUUAGACGUGAUUACAAUCUCUAGACAAAGUGAAAUGUAGCAUGACUUAACCGGAAGUAAAGGACAGAAGCCCAGUCUACCAAACAGUAUUGCAAAAUUGACAUCACACUGGAAAUGAACAGUUCUGAACAUAUUCAGUCAUGUUUACUGCCUAGCUUCGGUGUAUCUUAUGUUUUGGUAAUUGCUUACACGUUUAUGAUAUACCUGGUAUACAUGUACAUGUAUCGUUUACAUGUACAUGCGUUUAUCAUAAUAUUUUCUGCGGUUAAUUUCAUCAUACAUAGAAUAAGACGCAUAAAGGAACAGGGAAGUUUAGUUAGUAUAUCCAGUGUAUUUGGUUAUACGACUUAAAGUUUUAGUGCCCAGUAAAAUACAAACCUGGCGUAAAUGUCAGCUUCAUUAGUAACCGUCUUCACAGAUUUAUUGACUAUUCAAAGACAAUACAUCUUAAGUAUUUUAGUAUUUUACCUCAUAUUCUCUGAGCUUUAUUGGUAUUUUGUAGAACAUAUUACCAUCUUAUAUGUUGUUGACAAUGUCAUUAUCAUCACAAAAUUACUCUUGAGUUCUCAAUUAAGAAAGCAUGUAAGCAAUAUCGCCCACUUGGCUGUUUGACCUGUUCUUUGUCAAUAGAGUUUGGGUAAGAUAAGAAAACCUCUGUAGCUGUAAAAUUGAACUUAACGAAAGACACCUGGUCAUCCUAUGAACUUGAUAUGCAUCUGUGUUCACAAUACAUGUGGAUAAUGUACAUUUAAUGAAAGAGGAGAUUUUCUAUAUGUAAAUUCAAAUCAAUAAAACAUAUACAUGUACACGUGAUAAUGUAUCCCUCAUGUGCAUAUAUACACGGAUAUUGUUGUGCCAUGUAAUGUUUUCCAUUAAUGCGAAAAACGACUACAUGGUAAUACAGCGUUUGUUUUGAAUAGUUCUGCGAAAGAUGAGGGAAAGGGCGAACAUAAAAUGGGAGGGAAGUGUAAGAUAUACACGUAGUGGCGUACUUUGCGGAUAAUGACAUGUUGCACUUCCAAUCCCAAAAUUAAUGACUGUUAGAAAAAAUUAUGUUCAAUCUGUCGCAAUGUAUUUAUCAUACCAGUAACAGGAGUUGGUGUUAUGGCAGUGAGUAAAACGUAAUUGAUAUGUUGAUGUCCAGUUUUGGGGAUUUUCUAAAUGUAAUAAUAAUGUCCAUAAUUCAGGAGAGAGAGAGAGAGAGAGAGAGAGAGAGAGAGAGAGAGAGAGAGAGAGAGUCUGAUUCGUAUUAUUGCAUUUCUGACUUGUAGAUGCAUUUGUGCCGUUUCACUUCAACUUGUAGAUAGGUAACAAUAGAAUUCGUAUGGCGAUCUUCAUAAAGAUUAAAAGAUUUCCUUCUCUAUAUCUCGUCGAGUCUUUAUCUGCUAUACUGAAGGCGUGCUGCGAGCGCUGAAUCAUCAUGAUAUCUGGUCGAGUGAAUUUAUAAAAACACAACAAAUGCGAUAAAAUUUACCUCUCUGAUCAAUUCUCUUAUGUAACAUUUUGUAAAUAUCUUGAUAACUCAGAGUGACUGUUAUUUCGUCAAAGACAAUAAACGCAGCAAUUAUAAUUAGUUCGGGCACAUUGCAUCGACGACGUUAUGAUUUUGUUCCAUGAUUACGUUUGCAUGAAGCAACGACUACGAAACAUUGAAAAAAGAAAUGCAUUCAAUAAAUAACAAUUUAUCAAACGUAAGGGGCCUCAUAUUUCUUUUUGUAAAGCAAUUAUUGUCAGCAAAUCACAAAAUGUACCCCGCCUUCAGGAAGCGUAAACAUUCGAAGAGAUAUUAAUUUGGAAUCCAUAUCUAUUUUCAAACAAAUUCCACUUCAUCCAAUACAAUGUAAUAGAGUAUAUACGUUCCCAUGGCAACAUGGAAGAUGAACCUCUACUUUACUUGAUAGUCUGAUGGCGAUGGAGAGGUUAUCUGGGUUUUUUUAUGCUUCUGAAGCUCUAAAGAAAUUGUAGAAAAACAUCUGCUGUUAGUUCGACCUAUUUAAUUUUUUUUUUCGUUUCGUAAAAAAUGGCGCUUUGAAAACAUUACACAGAACACAAGGAUACCGAAGUUUGUGAAAAUAAAACAAUCCUGGAGAUUGGAAGAAAAGUGGAUAAGUUAACUUUUCGAUUCGAUAAUUUACAGAAAUCACAAGAAAGAACCCUGGAGAGUUUAUUUGUGAAAGGAGCCGCAUUAAUGCAUGCUGUCUGUUUUAUGUGCUAUACCUGUGUAGAGGGAUAUAUGGCACCAACUGAAAGGAUUUCGUUACGUUAAUAAUUUCAACUGAUAUAUGUAUACUAGGGGAACUGGGUCUCUAUAUUGAUUUCAGAUUGAAAUCGAUACUAACAGAUUGCUAAUUGCUAAAAUGAGGAAAUUCGUGUUCUACAUUGGAAUUAUAUGCUCCAACGUUUAGCUGAGAAAUAACCGUGUUUGGCAUGAUCAGCAGCUGACAUUUAGAUCAUUUGAUGACAGUGAGAAACGUGUAAUUAGUUAAAGAGGUCAUUUGUAAAUAUAAGGAAGGUACACUUUAUUUACAUUCAUGGCUACGUUAUUCCUGCUAAAAGUAUGAAAACUGACACAAGAGCAGUACUAUAUUCCAAGCACAUCCUCAAUCUUCAACACUUUGCUGAGGACAAUAAGAGAAAGGCUUUUCCAAUCGAUUUAUUUUGCACAUAAUGAAGAAAGCUUUUGUCCCGCUCAGAAGAAAUAUUAAUUCCAGUUCAAUUGAUCGCAGUUUCACAUUUCUUGUUGAAAUCUACAGGUUUUUGAUUUUGUUACUGAAUGCCGCCCUCCGGAGGUGUGACAUUUGUCAAUUACAAAGUUUGAUGACGUGGAUGCUGAGAUUGUUUUCAAAUUAGUAUGAAUGCGAUUCAUACUGAGAAGCAUUGACGAACUAAUUUCCAUGUGACAUGUCCUAACAUUCCUCUUGAAAUGCUUGAUGUACUGUUAUCUAUUCAUCUGAGGUUUUCGCACAUGUUCGCUUCUGCUCGCCCUUUUGAGAACUGUUGUUUAUAAUGUGACGAUGUGAUUGUCGCAAAAAAUUGAUUAUUGGUGUCUGAAGAGAACAGCCUUUAAACAAACUGCUUUUUGUUCGUCCCUACUCGUCCUGAACAUCCAAAAUGUUGUGGAGUCACGGACAUUUUUGGAUGGACAGUAUCAUUGGGUCUGUUGGUCGAGUAGCCAAUGUUAAGGUCCGGAAUGAUGAUGAUCUGGUAGACCGACUCAAUCAUUUCUACACCACUGGCAUUCUUAUCAUCUUUACCGUGGUGGUCAGUGCCCGCCAGUACGUCGGCGAUCCCAUCCGAUGCUGGUGUCCGGCAGAAUUUCCGGGUACUCAUGUGGACUACACAAACAAUAUAUGCUGGAUCUCAAAUACUUACUACAUACCGUUAGACGAGAUGGUACCGCCACAACACCAGCUACAUUUGCGGAAAGAAAAGGAGUUAAAUUACUAUCAGUGGGUUCCAGUUAUGCUACUUGUACAAGCGCUCUUAUUUUAUAUUCCAUGCAUAAUUUGGCGGAUUUUGAAUGGUCAAUCUGGAAUAAAUGUAGAUAGAAUCGUCAGUCUCGGAAGUAAUGCUCAGUUCGAAAGUCCAGAAAAUCGAGUUCGAACUAUAAAAUAUCUAGUCAAACAUGUUGAUAGAUGUCUUUCAAAUCAACGAGACACAAGAGGCACUUGCUGUGUGCAACUACGACAUGUUCUGUCUACAAAAUUAUCUAUAUUGUGUGGACGACGGUAUGGAAACUUUCUUGUGGCGACAUAUAUGCUAAUGAAAGUUCUUUACAUUGCCAACGCCAUUGGGCAGUUGUUUCUUCUCAAUGAGUUUCUAGGCACAGACUACAAUGUCUAUGGAUUCCAGGUAUUAGACGAAUUGGUUAGUGGAAAGGAGUGGUCUGGAUCUCACAGAUUUCCAAGAGUGACACUCUGCGAUUUCCAGAUCCGUCAGGUGACCAAUUUACAACAAUAUACAGUACAAUGUGUUCUGCCAAUCAAUCUCUUUAACGAAAAGAUAUACAUUUUCAUGUGGUUUUGGCUCGUGUUUGUUUGCAUAUUUUCGUGCUAUAGUUUAACUAAUUGGAUCUGGCACAUGGUGUUUCCAACGAUGAGGAUUCAGUAUGUGCGAAAAUUCUUGAAAUUGAUGGAUCGGUUAGGCACAGGACCGGACCGAAAACUUGCGGCUCGGUUUGUAAUGGAUUAUUUGAGACACGAUGGAGUAUUCACGUUAAGGUUAAUUGGGAAGAAUUCGAGUGACAUCGUGGUGGCGGAAAUCGUUGCAGAAUUAUGGGAUAUGUAUCGCAGCAAAAAAUGUAUCCAGAUUAGGACUAACAACCAAAACAUCGGACAUGAAACGGAAGAAGCGGAUGUCUGACUAGGCAACGGUAUAAUAUCACGUGGUUUGGAUGAAAAAGUGGAGAAGGACAUGGAUGACGUCACUCAAGUUUAAAAGGAGAUUUGUCUGAUUUCUAGUGUUACUGGAUAACCCAAACUCGCCAUCAAAUGUCGGAGCGACUUGCAUGGGAGUUCAGUGUAGGUUCAUGAGAUUCUACACUCUCUAGAAGUCUGAUUGCAGAAAAGGCGAUAUUUCAUUGCUCAAAUAAAAAAAUGCAUCGAGAAAAGGGAAUAAAUUCAAAAAGGUAUAUGACAAGGAUGUAUCUCCUGAAUGUUCUAAGACGCUGAAACACUUUUUAAUGAGUUGAAACCCGUUUUAUGAAAGGUUUUACGACUCAAACCAGUUUUAAAGAAGAAAUCCAUACAUAUAUCUAUAUAAAAUAUGUGAAAAUAUGGUUGUAUGGACUCAUUUUUAUCAUACCUUUAGAUUUACAUUGCCGUGAAUUUGCGUUUGAUGAACGUGCAGCAUUAGAUAAAAUCUAUGAAAGUAAUUAUGAUCCCAAGUCGUGAUACCUUUCGUUGUAUUGUUCUCUGAAGAUCAUGGACUUAACAUUUGGUAUUUAUUAAUGAAAAUAGAUCAUCAGAAUGAUUAAAUUUAUAAUACUAACACUAGUGAAAUCCACAGCCGACAUUUGCACACGUCUUCCCUAAAAUACACGAUGUAAGAGUUGCACCUUCUAUGCAUCUGUCGCGUUGCCUUUAGAAUACAUGACACUCAGGAAGACCAAGACGAAAUAUCCGCAAAGAAUCUCCUUACAAAACGGAGUGACUAUAACAAACGAUUUCUCGAGGACAUCAUUCCAACGUAGGGAAGAUUAGGUUUACACAGAAAAAAGGACAUUAUUAAUUUCACAUCGGAGGCGUGCCAAAAUCUUCAUGAAGGCCUUAAACUGAAAACUGAUUCUUAUGCAAUCAAAUUUUUAAGCAGAGUUAAAAGGAGCUCUGGGGAGAGUUGUUUGAAAUCCACCUAACGAUCAUAUGAAGCACAACAUCCAAAUUUGGAACCAAAUAUUACAAACUCUGAAGGUGCUAUACAUUUCUUUUUUCCAUUCUCAUCACGUGUUCUAGAAGUAUUUGUAAUGUUUUUAAUGUUAAAAAGCAGAGCUUUAUGUCAUUUCAUGUUCCAUGAAACAUUCUAUUGUGGAUUAUGUGAGAAUAUUUAUAGCCGAAUAUUGGCUCCUACUAGUUCAAUGAAUUGUAGAACUUUGCUUUAUUGUAUAAGGAAAUUGAUAUGGGAUAUUUUUUUAGACUGUCAAAGAAAUUUCGAAUUGUUUUUCUAAAAUAUUUGAACGUGUAAUAUUUGAAUAUUCUGAUUGGAUUUUGUCAUAAAAUAUUAUGGUUAUUUUUCAUACUUUGCCUUAUAAAUAUACACAAAAUAAACCUCUGCAUAACAAUUCUCGCAGCAGUAGAUUGUAUACGUGUUCUUUUAAGGUAUUAUGGAAACUUGCCAAAGCUUACCCUUUUGCACCGUUGAAAGCUGCAGUAUUUCUGCUUUUUUAGCAUAUUGUUUUCUGAAUAAUUUUAUGACGUAUAACGUUAUAAAAAGUCGUGUUAGUAAUUGAAGCUUUUAUGUUGUGUCAUUAUUUUAAAAAGGCUUAACUAAGUUUGGAUAUUUGUGAAAAUACAAGUAUCCAUUAAACUAAUUUUGCCGUGGAACCUGUCUAGUUAGACGACUCUAAAAUCAACAUACAUUCUUGUUUAUGCGUUAUGUUUUAUAUUGACCAUCAACACUGCUCGUAAGAUGGUUCUAUUUGUAAACAAAUGUUUGUAGUACAUUAGCAUAUUUUUGAUUUCCUAAUGAAGAUACUAGUAAAUCACACACGACUUUUAUUCCCGUGAAGUUCAUUCAGUCGAACAGUUAGGUUGCUUUAUUGUUGGGCAACGUGAUUGUUAUGCAAAGUGUUGUUUUGUUUUUAAAGUCUUAAACUCCUGUGAGAUGUUGUUCGUUAUAUACUCUGACCACAGAGACAAUAAUCUAAGUGAUAGUUAUAUAACUCAUAAUGCAUCGACGUCUUCGUCAUUAGAAAGUCAUCAAAUUGAAUAUGUCGAGAACAGAAAAAUAUCAUAGGUUCAAAGUAUUAACUUUUUGUGUGGAACAUACCUUACACUAAAACACUGUUUCAAUCUUGCAAUACAUAUACCUUUUGCAAAUAAUAAUAAACACGUCCGGUGAUAUAGGUCUUUGAGGAACAAUGACAUCUCAUCACAAUUAAUACAUGGUUUCCCUAAAGUGCAUGCGCAAAUUAAAAAACAAACCAACUGCUUAACAUUUUCAAAAUUACAGAACAAGUUUCAUGGAGAAAUUUAUAUAUUAGUUGUUAUACAUGUAUUUAACAACCAUAUUGUUAAGUAUGAUUAGUAUAUUUCUCUGUUGCAUAGAAUUGUUUGUUUAUUUAUUUUACGUCAUUUUCCUAUUUAUACCUGUUUGAAGCAGAAUGACCUUUCUUCUUUCGUUGUAUUGAGUGAUAAUAUAUUUGUUGCACAUUUGAUACUGUACAGAUUUCAUGAAUAAAUGAAAAUAAAUUAUUUUUUAAA